AAUAUUCACUUGUUUGGCUUCUUCGGGCGCCGUACCUUUAAGAAACAAGAUCAUUUGACGACUAUCAGGAUAUCAACAAAUGUGACAGGGAAUUGAAUUUACCUAAUUCCAUGAAUCCCAAUGCCGGUUUAAAACCGGAUGUACCGAUAUUUGAAGCUAUGGGUCACGUAUUUCUUGGAGCAUAAGAUAUGUUUUAGCGCAUCUCAUGAGAACAGAUAUUCACCAACCCUCAUUUUUGGAACGUCAGAAAGAGUUGCCAGUUUUCGGUUAAGAUUAAAAUUAAGUGCCGGUGUAAGCAUAUUGUAAUUGAAAAUUUUAAUAUGUGGAGCAUGUCUGGAUACCUGAAUUUAUGUGCUCAUAUCUUUUAUAAUGGUGACUCGGUACUGGAUGAUUCCAGUACUCUCACUCUGCAGGUGGGAUGUUUACAGCACCUGACACAACUCUUCGAGCGGCAUCUUCUCUCACGAACACAUCAGCAUGGUUUUCUGGCCCUUCCGUCCCACCCAGCAGACACUGCCCCUCUGGAAGUCUAGUUCCUCUUUGACAUGCUGCAGAAGACAGUAUCACUCAAGCUUGUAAAUCCACCUGGCGUGAAACUACAGUAUGUUGUGAAAAUCUUCCUCUUCAAGUCCCUCAAACACUUAGAGCUCAAGCGUAUUCCUCCUCAUUGUCUGGAAGGUCUUAGAGGAGUGUAUUCUCAGCUGGAAGUCUUCACUUGCUCAAAAGGUGUCAGUUCUCUAGAGGAGCUUCUCUCUCUGUGUGGAGGAGAUCUCAUCUCAGCUUUACCUUGGUUAGAACUUCAUACCCUUAAUUUCAGUUACAAUUCCAUUUCCCUUCUUGACGAGUCACUAAGUCUGCUAAAUGUCCUAAAGUGGCUUGACUUGAGCCACAACAAGAUCCAAGAUUGUGCUGAAUUUUUGAAGCCUCUUACUGAACUGGAGCAUCUGAAUUUAGCCUAUAACAACCUCCAGAAAGCACCUGUUCUGGGCCUCAGUGCCCAAGCCAAACUCACAACCUUGAUCCUUAGAAACAAUGAACUGGAAACUAUCAGUGGGGUGGAGCAGUUGUCAUCACUUCAGUCUCUUGACCUGGUUUAUAACCUUCUUAUGGAGCAUUCUCAGUUGGCACCUCUGUCCCUCCUUCAUAAUCUUAAUACAUUAACUUUGGAAGGAAACCCUUUGUAUUUUCAAAAGACACACAGGGCAUCGACUAUCCACCACCUCUCUGCACGAGCUGUUUUCCAAGGGCUCCAGCUGGAUGGCACCCCUCUGUCCCAGUCUGAUCAGCUGAUCUUACCCAAGCCCGGACAGCUGGUUGGUCAGACCUCCCACACUUCUCAAGUUUAUAUGGCACCUGACCAAGGAGAGCAGGAAGUGUCCAGUGGAGGCGGGGACAUGACUGACAGUGUGACUGUAAGCACAUCAGGAGUGACCCGAGUUCGAAAGAGGAAACACAGAAACAAGGUAAAGGUGAGGAGAGCCAGUAUCUCAGAGCCCAGUGACACAGACCAUGAGGUCAGAGUGCAGUCUGCGUUACAAGAUAUUUUCCUCCCCCAUAAGGAGGAAAUUGAGAGAAUGGACAGUUUUUGAGAGCAGUUAGGGGAGGACUGGCUACGCUACCAGCAUCAUCUUGAUGAUACUCCAGUAAACCCAGCUUUCCCAGUAGUGGAGAGUGUAACCAAUGAAGUGAACUCCAAGUGCCGCUGUACACCUCCAUCCCCCCUGCUUAAAAUGAACACACCUCCAACUAGUCUGGAAUUGCUCCCUCCUCCGCUGCUGUCCUCUGAACUGAAAGAGGAAGUGGACAAAGAAGAGAUGGAGAGCACAGACCUGCAGCCUGAGACAGAGUCCACCUUGCAGUAUACAGGCAACAGCCCCCCAAACACAGAAUCAACUCUUGAGAUGAGUCUAGGAAACACUCAAGCUACAACUGAGGCCUACUCUGACCCAAAACCUCCAGCAGAAGAAGAUGAUGAUAGGGGAGUGGACCUGUGCAGACCAAUGCUGGUGGGGCUGCUCUUAGAGGAUGUGGAGAGAGAUCAGAAAAGGACCUCUGAACCGCUUUUCCUACGAGUGCGGCAGGGUUGCCUGCUGGAAGUAGACAUGCACCAGGGGUGUGUUAUAAAACGUGUGGAACUAGACAGUUUGCAAGGUGUCGUGACCACUGAGGCCAUCUGCACGGUGGAGAACAUGGAGAUGACUCACCCAGCCCUGGAGCUCCACUUACGGUACAUUAGCCGUGAAAGAUGUAAACGUUGUUACAUAAUGUUGGAUGACAAGCCACAGGAAGCAUUACAGGUAUUAGUGGAGGUUCUCUCCAGAGUCGUGGAGGAAAACAAGCAGCAGGUUGAUGAUGAGAGACCAGAGACAGUCUGGCUACAGUGCCUAAAGUGUCAGACUGAAUUUUGCCGGUCAGUGACUGAAUCCGACAGCAGCCUGAGCCACCUGGAUGAGCUAAGGAAUGACCGUUGUACUGUCAUCUGCUUAGAGUGCAAUAGUGAUCAUGUAGUUCAGUUGGCUGCCCAAUCAGCUCCAUCCACUAGUACACCAUUUGAACAGAAUGAUGCCAGAUACUUUACUUUUGAUGACAGGGACAACAUGGUUCAACCCAUGCUCAAUGAGGCGUUGGUCCCAGGACAGUCUUUGCUAUGCCAUGGCAGCCCCCUCCAUUCGCCUCAGCAUUCAGAGGGAGCCACAGCUUACUUCCACACAGCCCAUAACUUCCUGUCUAAUUGUCUGACUAACCAUAAUGAGACAUGGGUUGAUCAGAGAACCUCUCAACUAAUCAACUACAGCAAAACUGAUGGACAAGUGCAGGGUCACUCAGAGGAGAUUAAGGAGAAGGUGGCUGAAUACUCCUGCAACAACAGAUAUCAGAAACAUCAGGACCAACAGUCACCAAAGUCCACAAAAUGCUCCAACAAUGCUCAGUUUGACCUGCUGUCAGAGACAGUGGACCAUCGGCUUCAGCUGUUCCUGGAUGUGGAAGUGUUUGGGGGAGAAGAGGAGUUUCGCUGCUUUUUAAAGAUGUCAAUUGUGAAGUUUGGGGAUGUAGUGGAGUUCCGUUCUCUUUUGGUUGUGUUGGACCAGUACAUCUACAUCUUAGAAAUCACCUCACAGUCUGAAGGGCAGCCCUCAGACUGGCUGCAGAAAAAUGAAAGCCAUCGGCUGUGUGAACUCAGCUAUAUGGAGGUGGGUCUGGGCUCUCAGAGUAUCCACCUAGAGUUUGAUGAGGGGGCGGCAGCGUACACACUACUAGUGCGAAACAGUGCCCGCUGCAAAUGGUUCUUCAGCAAGCUUACAGAAAUUGCAAGGGAAUUGGCCCCUAAGUAUGAAAGCAAGCUAAAGGGAAUCUCCACCACCCGGCUCAACCCACAGCACCACCUCUGGCAUCUAGUCUGUGAGGAUGCCCUGCCAUGUGAAGAUGACAGCCAUCCUCCUUUCCUGUACCUUUUAGCAUUCCUUCAGCAGGAUCAGGUUUCUUGUUUUGGUGGCACCAUGAGUUGGAACUUCUUGACUAGCUUGCUUGAUGAGAUCUCCAACCAUUCCACUUUUGUGGGAAAGAUCUGGCUCACACUCCUAAUUAUCUUCCGAAUUGUUCUGACAGUGGUGGGGGGUGAGAAGAUCUAUCAAGAUGAACAGGGCAAGUUCAUAUGCAAUACUGCACAACCCGGUUGUAAUAAUGUAUGCUAUGAUGCAUUUGCCCCUCUAUCACAUGUCCGAUUCUGGGUUUUUCAAAUCAUUAUGAUUACCACACCGUCCAUUAUGUACCUCGGCUUUGCCAUGCACAAAAUUGCUCGAAUGGCUGAUGACGAAUACCGACCACGUAAGCACAAACUGCUGUCUAUGGUUCAUCGAGGACUGAGUCGUGACUAUGACGAGGCUGACGAAAUGGAUGAUGAAGUUCCCAUGAUCUUGGAGGAGAUUGAGUCCUCUGAAAAGGAUAGUAAAGUGGUAGCUGCAGCCAAGUCUGCCCCUACAUCCAAUGCUACGUCUACGAAGCAUGAUGGCCGUCGUCGCAUCAAGAGAGAUGGUCUUAUGAAGGUGUAUGUGCUACAGUUGAUUUCUCGUGUUGUGUUUGAGAUAGCCUUCCUUUUUGGACAAUAUGUUUUGUAUGGUUUUGAAGUUGCGCCAUCCUAUAUUUGCACCCGAAGCCCAUGCCCACACACCGUGGACUGCUUUAUCUCACGUCCCACUGAAAAGACCAUCUUCCUGCUCAUCAUGUAUGUUGUCAGUAUACUCUGCCUGGUGCUGACUGUGCUGGAAAUCCUUCAUCUAGGAAUUGGUGGUGUGAGGGACACUCUCAGAAGUCGAUCGGCUCGGAGGCUUCCCAUACACAGGUCAUCCACAUCCACUAUCUGUCACCGCAUUAGUGCACCCCCGGGAUAUCAGGCUGUCCUGAAAAAGCACUCCACUAGCAAGCUUAAGGCUGAGGUCCUGGGAGAGUCGGGACGGGAGUCAUUGGGUGAUGACAGCACUGUUCGUGAUAUAGAGCGUCUACGGAGACACCUGAAAAUGGCACAGCGACAUCUGGACCAGGCCUACCACUCUGAGGAUGUAGGGGCUCCACAUAACAGCGGUCCAGACUCUAACAGCACUGCCAUUGAGCAAAACCGACUCAACCUAGCUCAGGAAGGCUAUGUCAGCUCUAAAGAAAAAGAGGGUCAUGCUUGAAGAGACUAAUGGCUUUCCAUCAAACAAACCAACUCCAGGCUGAGAUGCAAAUUUUGGUGGGCAGUCGUCAACAAGAUUUUGUGUGUUUUUCCUGUUUAUCUGGCAUUCCAUGGAUAAACUCAAAACUGAAAAAACAAAUAAUGGAGAGCAAUUAUUGACAAGUUUUUGUGUGCUCCUCUAAAUGCAUAUCAGAACAAGUGUUACAGUAUUAAAACCAUGGCUGCCAUUCUUUAUCAAGCAAUUACAUUUACACAUAUUGAAACAACAGCAUGAGAACAAAGACACAUUCUUUGUGGUGUUGAAGAUAUUUAUAAGUAUUGUUCAUUAUUAUCCAGUAUUAAUUGAAGUGCUUAGCCAAAAUUCACAGGUCAAGUAGGUUGAGAGAAGACCUUUUUCAAAUAGAAACAAGGGCGCAGUAAAGGUUGUCUGUUUGUCCUGGUGAUAUGCAUUUUGAGGAUUUUGCAUUUAGAACUUUUGAAUAAAAUUAUUGCAAUACAAAUGCAUCUGACCAGAUAAAAAAAAAAAAAAAAACAUAAAGAACCUGGAAAUUGCUUGAAUUGUUUAUUAAAAGGUUUAAUGCUCUGUAUUACUGUAAAAUAAUAAAAAUAAAUGAAAAAAUAAAUAAAAUUAAAAUAA